AACGAAUGGGAUCAUGCGUGGGAUGAAAGACAAAAGAAAGUUUGGGCGGAGAAAGUUAGAGUGGAUUUGGAAGGAUGGAGAGGAGGGCAUGGAACGAAUGUUGAUCAGAUCAUCAGUCAUCCUCGUUCUACAUAUUCGAGAACGGCAGUACCUAGCGAAACUUAUUUCGGACAACCGACCACAGGUAUAAUCUCAAGACAUUUACCAAAAGAAAUAUUGAGGAUAGAGAGAGAUUGGUCUGAAGGAGAAGUCUGUCAAUUCGAACCCAUCUUCCCGAUGGAAUUAGAAGGUCGCAUUUCACCUUCUACAUUCCAAGAAUUCAUUCGAACCAUCAAUGCACAUCUAACAAAUGCUUAUUCCGUAAGAGGAGCAGUUGUUGAUAAUUUAAUCGCUGUCAGUACUUGGUGGACUAGUUUAUUAUGGCGUACAAGUCAUUUCGAAAAGAAGCAUCUUAAGUUAACAGAGAGAAGUAUAGAACGAUAUAAUAAAGAGACUUUUGAACCUGUUGGAUUAAGAAUUUUAUCACCUCGACAUGUCGCUUUACAAUUCGUG